GCACCUGUUGAGCUGCCCAUCGCCAUCUCAUCCAAACAGGUCCGAGAGGUCCUAAGAAGUGAGCUGUCCACCUCAGUGCCUGUCACUAAUCCUGCCAUCGCCAUUGAUACCAUUGGUAAUCAGAUGGCUUUACUGCAUCUGAAGGAAGGAGAGACACCCCAGCACACUGCCAUAAACACAGUCCAGUCUCAAGAAGACCCAUCAAAGCCAGGUAACUAUGGACCAUUAGUACAACUCCUUACCUUAACCCUCCCGAUAACUGUCCCUGACAUAACAUAACAUUGUGGCAACAUUGGGUGUCCUCUCCAGCUGCAGCAGCCUCUCCCCAGACCGCCCUGAGGUCCAUUAUGAAACAUAAGGCAGAGGUAGAACAUGGCUCUCCAUCCACCAAGAAGAACCUGCAGUUCAUUGGAGUCAAUGGAGGGUAUGUGUGUUGUUGAUAGUGUAUGACAUUGUUUAUGUGUAACAGUGUAUUCAUGUUACACUACAGAGAUUGUGAGUUGAUGUGUGUGAUAGAUGAGUUCCCCCUGUCCUGUCCUGCAGGUAUGAGUCCACCUCCUCAGACGACAGUAGCAGUGAGAGUUCAGAGGAGAGUGAUGCCAGUGAAUACCAUGAGACCACAGAUAAACUACCAGCAGCAGCAGCAGAGGGUGCAGCAGGACAGCACCAGCAAGCAGCAGCAGUCCCAGUCUCCUCCACAAAGGUAGAGCAGGCCACCCCGCUCCCAGCCACUACCAUCCAACCACCAGCCUGUGAACCUGCCUCUGAGCAGAGCACCAGCCAAUCAGCAGCCAUAAGCAUAGGACUACAGCAUGUAACCACCUUAUCACCAGCCUUGAACACUGCCAUGCAGCAAUGUGCCUCUCAGCCACCAGACUCUGACUCUGCCCCCACUGAGAGUACCUACCCAUCUCCAGCCAAUGACUGUGUCCGUCAGGAGAGUAUUGUCCAAUCAUCGGUCCCAGACCCCAUCCCUCAGGAGAGUACCUCCAUAAAUACAAGCACUGAACCCACUACACCUAAGCAGUGCACCGUCCAAUCAGCACCUACCUGUUCUGCACCCCCCAAGCCCCCCAGAUGCCAACCAGAAGCCACUAACCCGGAAGUAAAGCAGGGUGUCACCCAAUCAAGUACCACUGAUGUCACCGUUCAACUAUAUGCCAUCAAAUCACAAACUACUGACCUCGCCCCUCAGCAUGGGGCUACCCAAUCCUCAGCCACUGAACAAAGCUCCCAGCAGAGGAUAAUCCAAUCAUCAGCCUCGACGCCAGCACCUGAAAACGCCCCAAAUGCUACUUCAUUAGCCAAUCAAGAAACCAGGUAAACCAGCAUAACCAUUUUAAAACCAAUAUCUGUAGAUUUGUCAUUCCAUCAGUGAUCUCAUGUGCAGUAUGAUAUUGUGUUUGUAUGUGUGUGCUUGAAUUUGCUGUGUUUUCUUUCAUCUCUGUCAGACUGGAGUUGAGUGAGAGCCUUAUGGCAUCUCUCCAUGCCCUGCAGAAAGCCCUGGGUGAACCAAAUGCUUUCAGCCAGCAAGGAGCGGUAUGCUAUUCUCUUUUACUCUGCCCACCAUGCCAGUUUAGAUUACUUAAUCUGUGACUAGCCAUUUCAUAUAGUCACUUUCUACAUGAUUGUGUUCAUGUAAUCGACAGGGAUUUGAACUCAGGUCUCCUGCACUUUACAAUACUGGGUUAUCCCAUUAAGCUAAAGCUGUUAGGCCUACAUUCAUACAGUACCAGUCAGAAGUUUGGACACACCUAUUCAUUCAAGGGUUUUUCUUUAUUUUUUACUAUUUUCUACAUUGUAGAAUAAUAGUGAAGACAUCAAAACUAUGAAAUAACACAUAUGGAAUCAUGUAGUAACCAAAAAAGUGUUAAACAAAUCAAAAUCUAUUUUAGAUUUUUGAUUCUUCAAAGUAGCCACCCUUUGCCUUGAUGACAACUUUGCACACUCUUGGCAUUCUCUCAACCAGCUUCACCUUGAAUGCUUUUCCAACAGUCUUGAAGGAGUUCCCACAUAUGCUGAGCACUUGUUGGCUGCUUUUCCUUCACUCUGCGGUCCAACUGAUCCCAAACCAUCUCAAUUGGGUUGAGGUCGGGUGAUUGUGGAGGCCAGGUCAUCUGAUGCAGCACUCCAUCACUCUCCUUCUUGGUCAAAUAGCCCUUACACAGCCUGGAUGUGUGUUGGGUCAUUGUCCUGUUGAAAAAGAAAUGAUAGUCCCACUAAGCGCAAACCAGAUGGGAUGGCGUAUCGCUGCAGAAUGCUGUGGUAGCCAUGUUGGAUAACUUUUAACAAGUCACACCUGUUAAUUGAAAUGCAUUCCAGGUGAAUACCUCAUGAAGCUGGUUGAGAGAAUGCCAAGAUUGUGCAAAGCUGUCAUCAAGGCAAAUGGUGGCUACUUUGAAGAAUCUCAAAUAUAUUUCGAUUUGUUUAACACUUUUUUGGUUACUACAUGAUUCCAUAUGUGUUAUUUCAUAGUUUUGAUGUCUUCACUAUUAUUAUACAAUGUAGAAAAUAGUAAAAAUAAAGAAAAACCCUGGAAUGAGUAGGUGUGUCCAAACUUUUGAUUGGUACUGUAAGUGUAUUGUCACGAUCGUCGGGAACAGAGGAGGACCAAGGCACAGCGUUGAAGACGAACAUACUCUUUAUUUAGUGAAUACACGACCAAAACAACAACACGAUAACGUGACAGUCCACGGUCUAACACAAACCAACUAGAACAAGAUCCCACAACCACUGUGGGAAAACAGCCUGUCUAAAUAUGGUUCCCAAUCAGAGAUAACCAGCAACAGCUGACACUCGUUGCCUCUGAUUGGGAACCACUCUGGCCAACAUAGAAAUGCAACUACUAGAAAACAAAUGGAAACUCACACCCUGGCUCAACAUACAAGUGUCCCCAGAGCCAGGGCGUGACAGUACCCCCCCCCCCUAAAGGCGCGGACUCCGACCGCGCCAACUAAAUACCACAGGGGAGGGACCGGGUGGGCACUCCGCCUUGGCGGCGGAUCCGGCUCCGGGCCUGAUCCCCACUUCCUCUCCAACCCCCCAAAGUACCCCUGGUCCGGUCUGGCCCCGCUGGCCGGAGCUGGACUGCACACUGGUGGAGCUGAUUGCUCUAGCUCCGGCGUGAAGCAGCUGACCGGUGCCGGACCAGGCACCGGUGGAACAGGCACGGGCCGUGCCGGACUGACGACGCACACCACUGGCUUGGUGUGGGGAACAGGCACGGGCCGUGCCGGACUGACGACGCACACCACUGGCUUGGUGUGGGGAGCAGGAGCGGGCCGGACCGGGCUGGUGACGCACACCAUUGGCUCGGUGCGGGGAGCAGGAGCGGGCCGGACCGGGCUGGCAACGCGCACCAUUGGCUUGGUGCGGGGAGCAGGAGCGGGCCGGACCGGGCUGGCGACGCGCACCAUAGGCUUGGUGCGGGGGGCAGGAACAGGACGGGCUGGACUGGCGACGCGCACCAUUGGCCUGGUGCGGGGAGCAGGAACAGGCCGGACCGGGCUGGCGACGCGCACCAUUGGCCUGGUGCGGGGAGCAGGAACGGGCCGGGCCGGGCUGGCGACGUGCACCAUAGGCUUGGUGCAGGGAGCAGGAACAGGACGGGCCGGACUGGCGACGCGCACCAUUGGCUUGGUGCGGGGAGCAGGAAUAGGACGGGCCGGGCUGGCGACGCGCACCAUUGGCUUGGUGCGGGGAGCAGGAACAGACCGGACCGUACUGGGGACACACACCACUGGCCCUACGCCGGGAUCUGGAACGGGUCGGACCGGACUGAUAACACACCCCAGUACCUCUCUCCGUGCCUCUACACCUUCCUUCCCCUCUUCGAUCAGUGGCCCUCGUAACCUGGCGGCCUCCUCUGCCAACCCGCUGGGCCGCUCUACCGCGGUCUCCUGCUGCCCCGUCGUCCACGGCGUGAGCCCCCCCCUAAAAAAUUUAUGGGCUUCACUCCUACCCGUGGACCAGGUCUCCAUACUUUUCGCCAGCCUUUCGCCCUUCUGCUUCCACGUCAAGCCCCUCUCUUGCUCACCCGGCUUGACCCAGUCGAGGAGGCGCUGGAUAUUUCCCUGGCGAUGGCUCCUGGACCCGCUGCUUGGUCCAGUUCUGGUGGGAUCUUCUGUCACGAUCGUCGGGAACAGAGGAGGACCAAGGCGCAGCGUUGAAGACGAACAUACUCUUUAUUUAGUGAAUACACGACCAAAACAACAACACGAUAACGUGACAGUCCACGGUCUAACACAAACCAACUAGAACAAGAUCCCACAACCACUGUGGGAAAACAGCCUGUCUAAAUAUGGUUCCCAAUCAGAGACAACCAGCAACAGCUGACACUCGUUGCCUCUGAUUGGGAACCACUCUGGCCAACAUAGAAAUGCAACUACUAGAAAACAAAUGGAAACUCACACCCUGGCUCAACAUACAAGUGUCCCCAGAGCCAGGGCGUGACAUGUAUCAUAAACAGUGUGAGUUAGUCUUUGACCAGUCCUGUCUGGUUGUUAGUCUGAGACCAGUCUGUGUUUUCCCUCCCCAGAGGACAGCUUACACCACAGUGCUCCAGGAGUGGCUACGUGUGUCCUGUCACAAGGCAGCUGACACUGCCGCUGUCAGGGCCUAUAUGGACUCCUUCUCCUCCGUCUCCCCACAGCUGCUGAAGUUUGUGGUCAAUAUGGCCGACGGCAACGGCAACACGGCCCUGCACUACACCGUCUCCCACUCCAACUUCCCUGUGGUCAAGCUGCUGCUGGACACUGGUGAGUGACUGGGGGAUGUGAGUGUUUACAGACAGGGAAUGGUGGUUUGAAUGGUGGGCAAGUAAGUGUUUGGUUUGUUUGUACAAUACAUGGAUCAGCACUGUAUGAAUGUAUAUAGCCACAGGGCCAUAGAGACAAUUGACUGUAUGUAUAACCUUUAUGUACUGCAUGACUGUUUGUGGAAUGGUUUAGGAAUAUCAUUCCCAUAAUAAAUGUGUCCUGCUCUCUCUCUCUCUCUCUCUCUCUCUCUCUCUCUCUCUCUCUCUCUCUCCUCUCUCUCUCUCUCUCUCUCUCUCUCUCUCUCUCUCUCUCUCUCUCUCUCUCUCUCUCUCUCUCAGGCCUGUGCAACUCUGACAAGCAGAACAAGGCAGGCUACACAGCCAUCAUGCUGACAGCUCUGGCUGCCUUCCACUCUGACAGUGACCUUCACACCGUCCUGCAGCUGCUGCGAACAGGGGACGUGAAUGCCAAAGCCAGCCAGGUACACUAUGCCCCCUGCUGGACAGCAGGCCUCCCUGCACACAGCCAAGCUCAGGCAAACCAAUGACGUCCCUCCCAAGCCCCUGACAAAAUGGCUAUUUGAGCUACUUCAGUUAGAUAGCUCAUUUGCAUGUAUGUUGUUGAUAGCUCCACAUUGUAUCAAUGUUUUGAUGGAAUGAAAAUUCACAAUUGGUUAUGUUGGGCCAGGACAUGUCUUUUUUUUAACAUCCAAUGGUUUUGUAAUUUUGUGUAAGAAAAGCUGACUGGGUGUUCGGCCAGCUCUUAUAACGACUGCCUGGAGUUUUUCCAGGUCAGAAGGUCACAUGGUCAGGAGAUUGGUAAAACUCGUGGCCCUCCUAACAGGUAACUGUUGUGUGUUGUUAGGCGGGACAGACGGCGUUGAUGUUGGCGGUGAGUCACGGGCGAGGGGACAUGGUACGGGCGCUGCUCUCCUGCGGGGCACAGGUCAACAUCCGCGACGACGACGGCUCCACGGCGCUCAUGUGUGCCUGCGAGCACGGCCACGUCGACAUCGUUCGUCAGCUGCUGUCUGUGCCAGGCUGUGAUGUCACCCUCACUGAUAACGUAAGUCAACAAAUCUACUCCCAAGCUUCUAGGAUUUUACAUAGCAUUUUAUUUGGUUGUUUUCCCACCCCGUUUUCCCUACUCCCUGUCUAACAGUAUCUGUGAGUCUGUCUCCCAUGUCUAACAGUAUCUGUGAGUCUGUCUCCCAUGUCUAUACAGUAUCUGUGAGUCUGUCUCCCAUGUCUAUACAGUGUCUGUGAGUCUGUCUCCCAUGUCUAUACAGUGUCUGUGAGUCUGUCUCCCAUGUCUAUACAGUGUCUGUGAGUCUGUCUCCCAUGUCUAUACUGUGUCUGUGAGUCUGUCUCCCAUGUCUAUACAGUGUCUGUGAGUCUGUCUCCCAUGUCUAUACUGUGUCUGUGAGUCUGUCUCCCAUGUCUAUACAGUAUCUGUGAGUCUGUCUCCCAUGUCUAUACAGUAUCUGUGAGUCUGUCUCCCAUGUCUAUACAGUAUCUGUGAGUCUGUCUCCCAUGUCUAUACAGUGUCUGUGAGUCUGUCUCCCAUGUCUAUACAGUGUCUGUGAGUCUGUCUCCCAUGUCUAUACAGUAUCUGUGAGUCUGUCUCCCAUGUCUAUACAGUGUCUGUGAGUCUGUCUCCCAUGUCUAUACAGUAUCUGUGAGUCUGUCUCCCAUGUCUAUACAGUGUCUGUGAGUCUGUCUCCCAUGUCUAUACAGUGUCUGUGAGUCUGUCUCCCAUGUCUAUACAGUGUCUGUGAGUCUGUCUCCCAUGUCUAUACAGUAUCUGUGAGUCUGUCUCCCAUGUCUAUACAGUGUCUGUGAGUCUGUCUCCCAUGUCUAUACAGUGUCUGUGAGUCUGUCUCCCAUGUCUAUACAGUGUCUGUGAGUCUGUCUCCCAUGUCUAUACAGUGUCUGUGAGUCUGUCUCCCAUGUCUAUACAGUGUCUGUGAGUCUGUCUCCCAUGUCUAUACAGUAUCUGUGAGUCUGUCUCCCAUGUCUAUACAGUAUCUGUGAGUCUGUCUCCCAUGUCUAUACAGUAUCUGUGAGUCUGUCUCCCAUGUCUAUACAGUGUCUGUGAGUCUGUCUCCCAUGUCUAUACAGUAUCUGUGAGUCUGUCUCCCAUGUCUAUACAGUAUCUGUGAGUCUGUCUCCCAUGUCUAUACAGUAUCUGUGAGUCUGUCUCCCAUGUCUAUACAGUGUCUGUGAGUCUGUCUCCCAUGUCUAUACAGUAUCUGUGAGUCUGUCUCCCAUGUCUAUACAGUAUCUGUGAGUCUGUCUCCCAUGUCUAUACAGUGUCUGUGAGUCUGUCUCCCAUGUCUAUACAGUAUCUGUGAGUCUGUCUCCCAUGUCUAUACAGUGUCUGUGAGUCUGUCUCCCAUGUCUAUACAGUAUCUGUGAGUCUGUCUCCCAUGUCUAUACAGUGUCUGUGAGUCUGUCUCCCAUGUCUAUACAGUGUCUUUGACGGUUUGUUUUUACUUUCUCCUCUGUCUUUGUCUCUCUGCACUCUCUAAUUUGCUCUCUCUCUGUGGUGCAGCUCCGUGAACCAGUUCCCAACCCUGUCUCUCAUCCCUCCCUCAGCCUGAAAUACUUUCUCUUGCCUUUCUCACUCUCUCUCUCUUUGGCAACCAACCUCUGGUUAUUAUCGAUCUCUCUCUCCACUAGGAUGGCAGUUCAGCCCUGUCCAUAGCCCUUGAGGCCAGUCAGAAUGACAUCGCUGUGCUUCUCUACGCUCACCUCAACUUCGCCAAGCCUCCUUCCCCUGUAAGUGUUGUCAAACAGAGAAUUUCUGUACACAUUUGAUCAAAAACAAACACACAACACACACUCACGUGUGGGUGCAUCAGGUGAUGAUUUACAAUAUUGUUUUACCCUCAAGGUAUCACCAAAGUCUUCUCUUUUGGGAUCCUCUCCCCCCUCUGGUGAAACAAAG